AUGGAGAGCCCGUGGUCGUCGCUGGGAUCUCAGUUAUCAUCUUCUCCCGUUGCUACGCCAUGGGAGGAGCUACAGCAGCAGCCUCUUUCUCAGGAUGAACUUCUGCUCCAAAGUGGUGCUGUUCAAUGUUCAAUUCCGGUUUCCCAUCACCUGGCUCAGAGAUGCGAGGAACUAAAAGUAAUAUUCGCCAGACCAAAAGUGACGUCUUCAGAAGAUCAGCAACAAUGUUCAAGUUCUCUCGAGCUGUGCUCCUCCUUUAUGAAGCUCAUCCUGGACUGUAUAAAUGAGGGAUCCUCGAACUCUUCACUCGAAGUGGCCAUCCUCAGAGAAGUCCUGAGAUUUGUCCAAACCAAAGUACUUCUCAAUGAGAAUAUCAACACCGUCCUGGCGUCCGUGAGCGGAGGCAAAGCUCUGGAUACCUCUAUUCUACGCACAUAUUUCCAAGCCUGCGCCGUCACCAAGCACAGAUGCACUUCCGGGCCCAGUCAAUUCCUCGCAAAUGUGCAAAGAGGCCACGCACGACUGUUUGCUCUCUUCAAUGGUCAGGGGGUGGAAACCUACUUUGACGAGUUGGCUGAGACUUACGGCAUCUAUGAAGAGCAAAUUACACCUCUCAUGCAUCUGCUGUCUGAUACCCUUGUCCGUCUAGCUGCGGAUGACCGGGUCAAGGACCUGUUUUUGCAUGGACUCGAUGUCAAAACCUGGCUCAGCACUCCAGAGUCUCGUCCUAAAGUCGACUAUCUUACUACUGCUGCCGUCAGCCUUCCUCUCAUUGCCGUCUCUCAACUGGUUCAGUACGCCGUUGUGUGCACCAACCUGGAUAUCUCCCCCGGAGAACUGCGGCAGUUUCUGUCUGGCUCAAGUGGCCAUUCCCAGGGAGUCGUCGUGGCAUCCUUCAUUGCUGCCGCUGAUUCGUGGGACGGCUUCUACACUGCUGCCCAGCAAGCCGUUGAAGUCCUAUUUUGGAUCGGUGCUCGGUGUCAACAGAGUACAGCGACCUUCGCGUCAGGCUUGCAACAAUCUCUCCCGUCGUACAUGCUCAGCGUCAAGGGACUUUCUCAGAAUGCUUUGCAGAAACAGAUUGACAAAAUAAACGCACAUCUUCCACCGCUUGAAGCCGUUCAUCUCGCUCUGGUGAAUGGGCCGCAACAGUUCGUCAUCGCUGGGCUGCCGCGCUCGUUGCAAGCACUGGAGAAAAUGCUUCAACUCCAGAGCCGCGGUUCGUCUCAGGCAACGAACCCCUCUCGGGUUCCUUUCAGUCAACGCGCUCCACUCAUCAGCACUCGGUUCUUACCCAUUGCAGCACCUUUCCACUCACCAUACCUGCAAAGGACAGAGGAGAUACUCCUGCAAGAUCUGGCAUCCUUCACUCUCCGCGGCGUCGACCUUGGGUUCCCGGUGUAUCAUACGGAGACUGCCGAGAAUCUCCAGAGCAGCCCGAAUGUUAUUCCACAGCUCGUGCAGAUGAUCUGUACGGGUCGUGUACAAUGGGAGAUGCUGCUGCGAAAGGCCUUGCCCGAAUUCACCCAUGUCUUGGAUUUCGGCCCCGGAGGAGACGCAGGCGUUGGCAGUCUUGUCAGCCAGCAGCGAGACGGCACGGGUCUGCGCAUCACGGUUAUUUCUACUCAUAGAGGCUUGAAUUCACACCUAAGCUACGCUGGAGACCUGUAUUCGCGGCGUACUGCUGUUCGAUACAAUCCGAUCUGGGGCACUGCUUACGCUCCAUUGCUCGUCCAUUCGCCCACGGAAACCGACCUUCUGGUAGACACCAAGUUCAGCCGACUCCUCGGUCUUCCACCCGUCAUGGUGGCCGGCAUGACCCCAACAACUACGGCUUCAGAUUUUGUGGCCGCUAUAGUCAAUGCUGGGUACCACGCCGAAUUGGCAUGUGGCGGGUUCCCAGACGCCGACAAGAUGCGUCAGGGAAUCCUGUCACUCACCGCGGCAAUCGCUCCGGGGCGCGGGAUUACCUGCAAUGUUAUUUACGCCAACCCACGAGCUAUGGCAUGGCAAAUCCCCUUGCUCGCUGAACUGCGUCGAUCUGGAGUGCCUAUCACAGGGUUGACUAUCGGGGCUGGUGUGCCGUCUCCGGAUAUUGUGCAAGGCUAUAUUGACGACCUGUCGCUAGAGCACCUUGCACUCAAGCCAGGCUCAAAAGAAGCAAUCGAUGCGGUUUUGGAGAUUGCACGCGCCAAUCCAAAUUUUCCAAUUAUCCUGCAAUGGACCGGAGGCCGCGGAGGAGGCCAUCAUUCCUACGAGGAUUUCCACGCGCCCAUCCUCGACCGGUAUGGCCAGAUCCGGUCUCAUUCCAACGUGGUUCUCGUUGCGGGCAGCGGCUUCGGGGACGGAGAGGGUACUUAUCCCUAUCUGAGCGGCUCAUGGUCAGAGAAGUUCGGCCGUCCUCGCAUGCCAUUUGACGCGAUUCUCCUUGGCAGCCGGGUAAUGGCAGCAGAAGAGGCGCACACCAGUCUCGCUGUCAAACAGGCCAUCUGCCAGGUCCCUGGGGUCGUGGACUCCGAAUGGGAGGGCACAUACAAACGGCCCACCGGGGGAAUCCUGACUGUGCGCUCAGAAAUGGGGGAGCCAAUCCACAAGUUGGCAACCCGAGGAGUGAUGCUCUGGGCGGAGCUAGACCGGGACAUUUUUAGUCUACCUCGGGAAAAGCAGAAAGAGGCUCUCCUGGCUCGCAAGGAGUAUUAUAUUCGACGUUUGAACGAGGAUUUUCAGAAAGUGUGGUUCGGCCGCGAUGCCACCGGAGCAGCGGUAGACUUGCAAGAGAUGACUUACGCUGAGGUGUGGCAGCGUCUAGUUGACUUGCUAUAUCUGAAACACUUGCAGGUAUGGAUUGACCCGUCUUUUCAGAGAUUGGUAUGGGACUUUACUCGACGCUUGGAGGAGAGACUUGGUCCCAGUGGGUCAGAGGAAAGGAUCGCAGCAGUUCUCCAAGAUCUUGCUCAGCUUGACCAGCCUGAGCAGCUCCAUAAGGAUCUCUUCGGAAAGUAUCCUCAGGCAAAGACCGAGAUUCUCACUGCAGCGGAUGUUGAAUACGUGGUUUUACUUUCUCGGCAGCGCGGGCAGAAACCAGUCCCCUACAUCGUGACCUUGGACGAGGACCUGGAGUACUGGUUCAAGAAAGACUCACUUUGGCAAUCGGAGCGUCUCGAAGCAGUUCCUGGUCAGGAUGUUGGUCGGGUCUGUAUACUUCAUGGACCAGUUGCCGCCCAAUAUACCAGCCGACCAAAUGAACCUGUCAAGAGCAUUCUAGACGACAUUCACAAUGACCAUGUGACACGAAUUUUGCAGGAGCAAUACUCGGAAAAUCUUGCGGUUAUUCCUUCAACGCGAGACACUACAGGUUCUGACCAAAUCCCGUCGGUGCUCGAUGGCUUUGUCGUUGAUGAGCAGGAGGACGGUGCCGUCGUAAUCUAUGCAGCAGCGGACCCUGCCCGCCAGCCUUCAUCGGAACAGUGGCUGAAAAUGCUCUCAGGAACAUCCUCUGCGCCAUGGUGCCGUGCCAUGUUCACGGAGGCGAUGAUAGUUCAGGACCGAAAGAUGAUUGGUAACCCUAUCCAUAGACUAUUUGCCGGGCGAAGAGGUCGAAUCGUGGAAGUCCGGAAUCCAGAAUCUGCUGAGCUGCUGGAGAUUGUCGUCAAGGAGGUUGAAUAUGAGAAGACAGCCGGGGAAAUCAAACAACGCGUGGUCGCAAGUGCCUCACUUCGAAGAGCUUCCCAGGCCGGCCAGGUUAUUCUGACUCUUUGGGACCACCCCGACUUGGGCAGAGAGGCAGUGCCAUUGGAGUUUCGAUUUGAGUACAACCCACAGCGUGGUGCUCCAAGCAUCACGGAAGUGGUGGCCGGCCGCAAUGCGCAAAUCAAGCAAUACUAUCAAACCCUAUGGAUCGGAAAUCAAUACAUGGCUUUAUCCUCUACAUCGGAUCGUGUCUUCCGCGGCGAGGACGUUAUACUAACACGAGAGAUGAUCCAGCAGUUCGCGGAGAGCAUUUGCAAUCGCAACCCCAAGUACACGUCGGAUACUUCUGAACUCCUGGAUGCGCCUCUUGACCUGGCCAUUGCGGUCGGAUGGAAACCUCUCAUGAGUUGCCUGUUUCAUCCGAUCGUGUCUGGGGAUAUGCUUCGACUUUUACACCUCAGCAAUAGUUUCGAGUACUGCGACGGCGCCGAGGCACUGAAGGAAGGUGACUGUCUCUCCUCAGAAGGACGCUUGGUCUCGAUCAGGAUCAAGAAAGGGUUAGGCAAGGUGGUCGAAGCAGAUGGAGUGCUUCAUCGCAAUGGCACGCCUGCAAUCCGGGUAAGGAGCACUUUCAUCCUUCUGGGUGAGUACAAAGACUACGAGAACACGUUUGCGACUGAAGAAGAGAAGCUACGCAUGACUAUAUCCUCGAACAAGGACAUUGCUCUCCUACAGUCCCGGCGGUGGCUCUUGUUGAAUGAAAACGUCGAUCUGCAUGACUAUCUGCACGAAAACAUCGAGUUUCAAGUCAGAAGCCGAUACUCGUUCCAGGACUCAGAUAGCUGGGCGUAUCUCUCUGUGGAGGGGCAUGUCACCUACCAGCCAGUGACUGGGCCAUCUCGGACGUUGGGAUCCAUCAACCUCUUCGGUGACUCCUACACCAAGAACCCAGUAACAGACUAUCUACAGAGACAUGGCGGUCAAUCUGGCAGCACCUCUCAGCCACUGUCCCAGACUCACACUCUUAUUGAGGACCUGCAGGUUACCAUUCCGGAUCAUGCGGACCAAUAUGGGCAGGUUUCUGGUGACUGCAACCCGAUACACCUGUCGGAGCUCUUCGCUAGCUACGCAGGACACGACGCUCGCGUGACUCACGGAAUGUUCACCAGCGGGUUGGUGCGAGCUCUGGUCGAGUCGCACGUAGCACAAAGCGAUCCCUCCCGAAUGAGGUCCUGGUCGUGCACCUUCGAAGGCAAGGUCUCUCCUGGAGAUACGCUGAGCAUCAAGAUCGACCAUGUGGGUAUGUCGCGCGGCAACCUAUUGCUUUCCGUUCUAGUACACAACGCAUGUUCAGGCGUCAAGGUCCUUUCGGCACAAUCCAUGCUACGGCAGCCGAUGAUGGCAUAUGUUUUUACAGGCCAGGGCAGCCAGCAGCCCGGCAUGGGAAUGGAACUCGACAAGCGGAGUGCAGGUGCUCGUUUAGUGUGGCAAACUGCCGACAAGUAUUUUGAGAGAACAUAUGGAUUUCCCAUUACCCGGAUUGUCCGGGAAAAUCCAAAGACCCUCACGGUAUACUUUGGAGGAGUCAAAGGCCGUGCAGUCCGCGAGAACUACAUCUCUCUCACGUUUGACACCGUCAGUGAGGAUGGAACGGUGAUUUCCAAGCGAGUCUUCCCUGAUAUUACCGCAUCAACUCGAUCAUACACGUUUCGAUCGACCAACGGCCUGCUUCAUCAGACGCAGUUCACGCAGCCUGCUCUGGCCCUUAUGGAGAUUGCACGAUUUGAAGACAUGCGUGACAAGGGUAUCGUCAAGGAAGAUAGUUUGUUUGCUGGUCACUCGCUGGGCGAGUAUGUGGCGCUGGCCGCAAUGGGCAAAAUCUUCACCGUGGAGGAAGUCUCUGCACUGGUUUUCUACCGUGGACUGACGAUGCAGAAUGCUGUCAAGAGAKACGCCGAUGGCGCCACAGACUACUCGAUGUGCGCUGUCAAUCCAACUCGUGUCUCCAAGCAAUUCAGCGAAGAGGACCUGCACUGGUGUGUGGCUGAGAUUGCGCGCAGCACUGGUGGACUCCUCGAGAUUGUCAAUUACAACGUCGCUAACACACAAUACGUCUGUGCCGGAGAUCUUCGCGGGUUGACCACACUUUCGGCGGUCCUGGAUGCAAUCGCAUCUGGCUCACUGAGUAUCUCUUGUGCCGAGGAAAUGCAGAACUUCAUCCAGAAGACUCUGGCGCAUCUUGAAUCAGCAAAGAAGCCACUAGUUUUGCAACGCGGCCGAGCUACAAUCCCUUUGAAUGUCAAUGUACCUUUCCAUAGCAGCCUUCUACGUCCGGGGGUGGAUUCCUUCCGUUAUCUCCUUCAGCGGCAUAUUUCGGAGGCGAUGCUCGACCCUCGUCGACUCAUUGGGAAGUACAUCCMCAACCUCGUUGCCAAGCCUUUUGAGCUCUCCAAAGAGUACGCCCAAGGCAUUCUGGAUCUGACCAAAAGUCCUGUUCUGGAGAGUAUAAUCCAAAAGGUGAGUUGA